ACCAAACGCACAUAGCGGCAACAUCGCGCGUUUGGUCGACGCGACGACUCGAUAUUACGACCUACUUUUACAUUGAUUUUACAAAGUCGCUUGUACGUUAGUCGCCGCGAGUUUGUUGUCGCGUCACGUCGCGCAUAAAUACAAUGUGACAAAAAGCAGGUUGCGUUUAGCGUAAAACACUUGUCGCGUCAAUAAUGACAUCGAAAACAAUUAAAAUUAAUAAGAAAACUUUGUACGAAAUCGUACGCGAAGUACAGAAGCGGCCUUGCCUAUGGAAUACUGAGGAUGAGUACUACAACAAUCGCGCCCGUGUCGCAGUAGCGUGGGAGGAGAUCACUACGAUUUUAAACCUACCAGAACCCCUGAUCCGUGCGAAAUGGAAGAACAUGAGGGACAUAUUCAAAAGGGAGAUGAAGAGGUGCAAAUACAACAUGCAAGGCGAAUUCGAGUACACCGGCAAAUGGCGGCAUUUGAAGCUGAUGUGGUUUUUGCACAAACCCAGAGCAUCCACACCGACUCAGAGUCAACAAGACCAUAGCAAUAGCACCACGGAACCAGAUAUUAAGGAAGAGGUUCCCAUCAUAGUCAACAACAGAGACAUGGAGGAAUCUGACGACAAUAUUAUACCAUUUGAGGGUAGUAAUAUAUUCUCAAUGGAUUUUCAACAACAAGACCCGUUGCCACUGAAACGACGGAAAUCGGAAGACGAUUAUGACUUGAUGUUCCUCAAGUCUUUAGUGCCGUAUUUCAGAGAGUUGGAUCCAGUUAGGAAGUUAAGGAUACGGAAUAGGAUACAGGAUAUAAUUUUGAACGAGAUCAGUGUUCAAGGGAGUAUUGGUACGGCACGGCAGUGAUAUGUUCGGAGACGCGUUGGAUCGUUCGCUGACGACUGUUCCGCUUUGUAAAUAUCGGAUUCAUCGCAUCAAACGGAUUUUUAAUUUUACUGUAGAUAAAAUCCGUUCGAUGCGGAUCAGUGGACGCACUGCGGAUGAAGUCAACUAACCCUUUUUGAGUUUGACAUUGAAAAAUCAUUAGUUAAAUCAUAAACUUAAAUUUUCAACUCAAAUUAUCUGUUUAUUCGGAUUUUAAAGAAAAUAUCUGUCUAUUCUGUAAUUUGUUCCUUUGGGUUUUUUCAAAGAGAAUAUUCGCCGUAAUUACUUUUUCCCUCCAAUUAGAGUUUGUUAGCUUUGGGUCCGAGAAUUCUCCGCCGGACGAGGAUCGAACCCGCGGCCUUUUUACCGCAGAGCUGUUGAGGCUUGAAUAUUUAUUUAGGGCAAUACUACCUCGACUUUUAUUGCUUUUAAUUUAUCAACAUCAGCCUAUUUUUAUUACAAAUCUCUCUCCUAUGGGAAAGUCUGAGUCAAACUGGUUUAGAGAUUUUUUUAUUUAAUGUUGAGUUUUUUAUUUUAUUUUUUACUAGAUUUACUAGAUGACGCCGCGCGUUUCACCCGCGUGGUUCCCGGUCCUGUAGGAAUACGGGGAUAAUAUAUGUAUAGCCUUCCUCGAUAAAUGGGCUAUCUAGCACUAAAAGAAAUUUUCAAAUUGAACCAGUAGUUCCUGAGAUUAACGCGUUCAAACAAACAAACUCUUCAGCUUUAUAAUAUUAGUAUAGAUUAUCUACAAGUUAGCCCUUGAUUACAAUCUCACCUGAUAGUACCUAAGUGAUGAUACAAUCUAAGAAGGAAGCGGGCUUACUACGGUUCGAACGCUGUAGCACGGUGCGGGUGACAGUUCGUUUCACUCUUGAAAGUUAACGAUUCACGAUAACAGUACGUAAUAUAAACAUCAUACAUUACAAACCGACAAAGACGUACCGCCAAGCGAUUUAGCGUUCCGGUACGAUGUCAUGUAGAAACCGAAAGGGGUGUGGAUUUUCAUCCUCCUCCUCAUCGAUACUCCUCCUAACAAGUUAGCCCGCUUCCAUCUUAGAUUAUUGCAUCAUCACUUACCAUCAGGUGAAAUUGUAAUCAAGGGCUAACUUGUAAAGAAAAAAAAAUCUGAAUACGCAUGGUAUUCACUUCCUAUUCUGACACUUAUAGUUUUUUUCAGAAUAAUUAAUAACCUAGUUUGAUACAAGUUAGGAGGAGGGUAGUUUACGACAAGUUGUUACUAACCAGAUGUUUCUUUACUGUUGCUUAAUUAAUAGUUAUACAAAUUGCGUGGCACAUUGCCUCGUUCCGAAAUCACAAUUUUCAAAAUACGUAUUUAGAAGUUUGUUACAAAUUAUCUACUGAGUUAAUGUUAAAGUUAUGUUUUUACCCGGCCGCAGAAGGGUUAUGUUUUAUAUUUUGUUACUAAAGACGUUUAACAAUGUAUAUAGUGUAAUUAUAAACAAUACAUAGAUAUAUAAUAUUGCAAUUAUUGAAAAAUAA